CGGGGUUCCCCUGCUAAAGGAGCAGUCCUUGCCUAGUUCGUUCAUUCAGUGUUCAUCCAAGAGUUGCGUCAACAGAACCUGUUGCACUCGCUCCAAAAAUACAAAAGCCAAGCGAUUACUUUCAAUCAGCAGUGUAUACAACCAGGUCAGUAUCAACAGAUCACCUGCUAACUUCACCUGCUGGCGGCUCGUGGUGGUCAAGAAAGCUAGAGAGAGAGUUUCCUUGGCGGUGCUUACACGGGCUCACGUCAACAGUUCCCCGAGGCGCCAGACGAAGGGUGCGGCAUGGAGUGGACGUGCAAUGAAGACUGCUGGUGCCACAUCCCCGUGCAGAAGGAGCGCGGCCCUCCCUGCUACCAGUGUGUGCUUCUCAACUGUUCUUUCACCAGUCCCACGCCAGUACCUUCAGCUCCGCCACUCCGCGCCUUGCUGGACCACCAGGAACCCUCCCAUGCACCACACCUGCACGAGGAGCCCAGCACACCACCACACCUGUACUCACACCUGUACGAGGAACCCUCCACACCACCAUUCCGGCAUGAGGAAACCAGUACACCAUCACACCACUCAUCGCCUUCCCCACCGCCGCUACUGCCCCCAAAGAGAAAUAAGUUAAGUAUCAGGGGCAGCUGGUGUCCCUCUACAUCAAACAGGGUGUGCCUUAGUUCUGAUCCUGCCCCACCAGAUGCUGCAGCAGCGGUGAGACGCACCCAAGAGUACUCUCCUUCACCACCAGCAGCCCAGGCAAGGCUUGAAAUGGAAGUUCCAGUUUUGCCAGGCUUGGAAGAACAGGUGCAACAUGAAAAUGUAAAGAAGAAAGAACCUUCUGAUGUGUCUGGUCUUUUACGAGAACUGCUCCUGCAUGAUGAGAACGUGCCUGCUGCUUCACAAGAUGCUGAAGCUUUGCCUUGGGUGUCACAUGAAAGAAUUACCUCUUCAACACAUGCUGGGAAUAGUUUUCCAGAAACUGGCCCAGAUACAGCUAAUUCAAGUGAUGAUAACAAGGAUUACCGAAGAAAGAGACGAAACAGAGUGAGGUUGUCAGGUUUUGGUCUUGAUGCCAACGUCUUGUCCCAGAGGGACUCCAUGCAAGACACAGCUCAAUAUGGGUGUCUUGAUGAAGAGGCUUUCAGACGAAUAAACAAGAUAAACCGUAGAGAAUCUUGGAAGUGUGCUCGACAGCGACAUUUGCUGAACAAUAAUACCCGUAAAACCUACAUUUAAGCCAAGUAAAGUUAGCAAAGCAGUGAUCAUGUUCCUCCUGUAAUUUCUCCAGCAAUUAACUCAGCUUUGAAUAACAACCAAUAAGGUGCAGCGUUUUGUUCCCCUGAAGCAGAGGAGUGACAGGGUAAGCCACCACACAAUUCAUAGCAUUAGUUAAUUAGUUGCGUGAAGAGUAUGAAGGCUUUGACUGUGACUUGAAGAAUGUAGGCGCCUAUUCAGAAAAUGUCAUAUACAGCCAAUCAAUCCCAUAUUGAGAAAAUUGUUCUUUAAAGUCCGACAUUAAUACUUUCACCCACAAUAAAGAUGUAGGCGUGGUAUUUGUUUCAUAAGAGAACUGUCGUCUUCAUUAUUAUUAUUGCCAUUAUUAAUAUUAUUAUUUUUUGCAUGGUUAUUAUUAUUAUUAUUAUUAUUAUUAUUAUUAUUAUUAUUAUUAUUAUUAUUAUUAUUAUUAUUAUUAUUAUUAUCAUUAUCAUUAUUAUUAUUAUUAUCAUUGCCAUUGUUAUUAUUAUUAUCUUUAUCAUUACUAUCAUCAUCAUUAUUUUACCACUAUAUUUGUGUAACUUAAGACUGUAACUUGAAAGUUGUCAGUGUAGAACUGAGUAUUGUGGAGAAUUAUGUGUAAUUUAGGAUGGUUUUAUCAUAGACGUUAUUUUGCUUUUAAUGCAUCACCUUCCCUAGGAAAUUGACAACCUUAAUUUAUAAAAUGCUUACAAGUUUCAUUUUAAUAUUGGUUUCCCUUCAUCUUCCCUAUAUUAAAAUGGAACUUUAUUCAUUUAGAUCCAGUACAACACAAUGCUGAUCUGUACACCACUUAAACCAUUCAUUUUGCUGCUGUGGUGAAUCCAUAAAUCCCCGAAGAGGAUUUACUGCCAAGUAUUAAGAGACCUGGUGAUUCUUCAGCUACUUUCAAGAAAUUCAUAGUGAGUAUAAUUGAUACGUAAUGCGGUAAAGACUUCCUCUCCUGUGACAGCCCUUGUCAUGUUCAUAACUGCUGACCGGCAUGUCACACUAGUACAGUACUAUAUACGAUAAGAUAAAUGUACCAAGAAGAAACUCUUCUCUUGCAGCCACUAGUCCAGAUCCCACUCAGCUCAGUGGCAACAGUAUUCAACUCAAUAGCUGCACUAACUGUUGUGCUUCAAAGUUGUGCGCUCUCUUGCAUGUGUUUACUAAACACAAAUGUAUCAUUGAGCUGGAAAGCUGGAACUGGUGUAUCCAGCCACUAAUAUCAUCAUUAGGGCUCAAAAUAUUAGAACAUCGUAAUAACGAUGACUAAGAAGCGAAAGUAAAGUAAACAGGUUAUCUACAAAGGGAAUAAAUAAAAACGUGAAAAGUUGCGACUAAGUUUUCCUGUUACAAAAGGGUCAUAAAAAUUAACUCAGGUAACAGCAUAGAUUGAACUGCUAUAUCUGAUUGCCUAAGACUUUUCUGUAUUGUCAGUAGCUUACAGCACUUGUCUAGGCUUUCCUGGAGCCAUGUUUCUAUCUGCAGUGGUUAAAGAAGUAUAUUGUAAAGGGGGACUUGAAAAGACUCAAGUUGGCCGCCAGAGGUCUUGUGUCACUUGCAUCCGAAGACAGUCUUGAUGUUCAGCAUCUGCUGGCUGACGUCAGUCCACUAGAUGGUGAGUGACGAUGGCCACCUCUCAGCGGGACUUGACCUUGGAUAUGUGACUUCACUGCCUGAGUGCUGUAUUGACUUUUUGCUGUGCUGAUGAUCCAGUUAAAACCUUACUUAGGUAAAUUACUUAGGAAGAUAAGAAAAUAUGAAUAAAUGAAUAAAUAAACAUAUAUGAACUGCAAUAGUGAUAUACCACAAUUCAGAAGCCAGGCACUGUUUCUGUACUUAUAUAUAAAUAAAAUGUUAUUAUCAUUGAUA